GAGAGACGGUGGUGUGCGAGCAAGGGAGCCCGUGCGUAUUUACGCUCUUCAGAGUGUGUGCAUGUGUCCGGGCGCGGGGAGGAGGGGCGGAGAGUCCUGCGGCGCGCUGACAGGAGAGUCCCGCUUGUCUGAGUGAGAAGCACCGGACCCGGCAGCGGGUGAUAAAGCCGUCAGAGAGAAGGAAGAACCGCACGCGAUUGCUCGCUCAUAUUUGUCUUUUUUUAUUGACUGCUCAUCCGCGCGCGCUGUCCCGGCUGGCAUUAACGCGCGACUGAGGAAGAAAGCAAACAAAAGUUGUCUAUUAGAAGAAGGGUCCAAAUUCAGCCCGAGCGGCUCCAGAGUUUAUUUUUUGUUUUUUUUAGCAUCCCUCUUUUCUUCCCUCCUUCUCCCCGUCCCUUCUGAGUGCGGAGCGGCAGAGGGAGGGACGGGAGAACCCGGGCGGGCGGACCGUGAAGCUGCGCGCCUCCCCUGCGGAUGAUCCACUGGAUGCGGGGCGAUGGAUUAACAGCCUCCUACGGACCCCUGCCGCUGCUUCUUUUUUGUUGUUGUUGUUUUUUUGUUACCACCGCCGACCCCCUGUCCACCUCGGGAUUAUUUCAGCUCUCACCAACCUCCCCGACAAUCCCUCUCGAGAUGACCGAGGAAUAUGUUUUGCGGUGCGUCCUGAUGCUCUGCUGUGCGCUCCUCUCGGCCAACGCGAGUAACUGGCUAUACCUGGCCAAGCUGUCGUCAGUGGGAAGCAUCCGGGACGAGGAGACGUGCGAGAGGUUACGAGGCCUCAUCCAGAGACAGGUCCAGAUCUGUAAGCGCAGUGUGGAGGUGAUGGAUGCAGUGCGUCGUGGAGCCCAGCUGGCUAUAGACGAGUGUCAGUUCCAGUUUCGCAACCGUCGAUGGAACUGCUCCACUCUGGAGACCAUGCCCGUGUUCGGCAAAGUGGUCACCCAGGGCACCCGUGAGGCAGCCUUUGUGUAUGCCAUCUCAGCAGCCAGUGUGGCGUUUGCGGUCACGAGGGCCUGCAGCAGCGGAGAGCUGGAAAAAUGUGGCUGCGACCACAAUGUACAUGGAGUCAGUCCAGACGGGUUCCAGUGGUCGGGCUGCAGUGAUAACAUUGCAUAUGGCGUGGCCUUUUCCCAGUCCUUUGUGGAUGUGAGGGAGAGGAGUAAAGGCCAGUCCUCCAGUCGGGCUCUCAUGAACUUGCACAACAACGAGGCUGGCAGGAAGGCCAUCCUGUCCCACAUGCGUGUGGAGUGCAAAUGUCACGGCGUGUCAGGCUCCUGUGAGGUGAAGACCUGCUGGAAAGCCAUGCCGCCCUUCCGCAAAGUGGGCAACGUCAUCAAGGAGAAGUUUGACGGCGCCACUGAGGUGGAGCAGCGCAAGGUGGGCACCACCAAAGUCCUGAUGCCUCGGAACUCCCAGUUCAAACCUCACACGGAUGAAGAUCUGGUCUACCUGGAACCCAGUCCAGACUUCUGCGACUAUGACCCGCGCACGCCGGGUAUGCUGGGCACCGUGGGCCGCCAGUGCAACCGAACGUCGAAGGCCAUCGACGGCUGCGAGCUGAUGUGCUGCGGCCGCGGCUUCCAGACGCAGGAGGUGGAGGUGGUGGACAGGUGCAGCUGUAAGUUCCACUGGUGCUGUUAUGUCAAGUGCAAACAGUGUCGCAAAAUGGUGGAGAUGCACACUUGCCGGUGAUGGGAGUGGCACAGAGGGCACUGCUGAUGAACAAAACAAACGCCCCACACUCCCGCUCGAUUACAAAGGCCAGAGGGAGCGAGGAGGACUUGUUAAGCUCCCUCUUCUCCUGCUUGAACCCCCCCCUCCCCCACCCUCCUACUACUGGUCAACGGAAACAAAGUGAAUGGCUUAGAAGUCAAAUGUCAUCCUAUUCAUUUUAUGACACCUUAAUGGACAUCAGUAGAUUAUGCAUGGGAUUUCUUACAAAGCUACAGAGGCAGUUUCUUCUCGAGUAGAGAGUGUCUUUCACUUUCUGUCCCCCCCCCUCACUCUCAUGUUUGCUUUGUCAUUGAUGCUUCUUAUUUUUGUAAUGUUUAACUUAUUUUGUUGAGAUUGAGGAGACUGAUGAGGGGUGGACCUAGAAGGAGGGGACAGACCAAUGGAGACAAUAAGGGACUAACUGGACCCAUGGGUGGGUGGGGUUAAAGGGUUGGGGUGGGGUCAAGAGGAGGGUUGUUUGCCCUCUGUCCUUGCUGCUGCUGCUGCUUUUGGAGGACUCAGUUGGAGCGCUGGAUGUCAAAAAAGGGAGACGCCGAGUCUGUCGGAGGACGGACGUGAACAACGAGGAGGAACAUGUCGCACUUUCUGUGAUUUGCUUCCUGAGUGUACAUGGCUGUGCUGCGCUGAGGUUCAGAUGCUGCUCCACUCUCUCACUCACACACACACACACACACACACACACACACACACACACACACACACUCACUGUCUUUCUGUCAGAGGGAGGAUGAUGAUGGACAGGUGAAAGCCACUGUCAGGUCCUUCCUGUCUUAUCUGUACAGUACUGGCAGGUGAUGGUCAUGAGACACGUACCCAGCAAACAUUGAUCCAGAUCGACACCUGUAUUCAUCCACAGCUUCCGGGUCCGAUUUGGCGUGAACUUGGCCUCCACCUGCAUGUCGCCAUCUGCCAAAAAUGCUAGUCGGCUUAAUGCAAACACGAGUAAACACGCAGAGACGCGCAUGUACCGGCAAACACACACACAAUGUAAACACACGCGUACACAAAGGGGUCUGCCAGAGGGUUGCCGAGCAUGCUCACCAUGCAUGAUGACUGAAGCACUUUCUCUCCAAGCGCACAUAGAGCCCUCGCCCCCACAGCAACGAGCGAUCCGACCACACACUCAGUUUUCCCGUUCCUCUCACACACACACACACACACACACACACAGAUUCCCAUGCCACUGUCAGGACUCUAUUGUUGUCUUGUACCACCACCAUAAAGCCAAGCUUUCCUAUAAUAACGUGCUGUCAUUAUAGAGACAUACUGUAGAUCUGUAAAGACUUAUACACUGAAGAAGAUUAUACUGCCUAUGAAUGUAUGUUAAUACGGAAUAUAUGCUGUGUCCAAAAUGACUGUUGUCCCUUCUUUCAAAAGAGACUACGUGUUGUGUGUGUGCGUGUGUGUGUGUGUGUGAGCGAGAAAGAGAAUGCCAACAAAACAAUGUUGCUAAUAAGGAAAGAGAGAACAUGAGAGGGAUAGUAAGAGGGAAAGUGAGAGAGAGUACAUCCCCAUUCCACCACCAUGUCUUGUGACACAUACACACACACACACACACACACACACAGCCCUGCUGACAGACAGACACAUAUUUCAAUAAAAUCGUCCAUUUCCCGUGUCUUUCAGCUGCGUUAUUAUGUGGCCACAGUGUGCACUCUGCAGCAUUUUGUCAGUGUGUGUGUGUGUGCUGUUUGUGUGAGGUACAUUACACCCCGAGGUCCUACCCAUGCACCCCUGACACCUACAGACACAAUUUAAAUGCGCCAUAUAUCACUGAAUACAGCAUAUCAAUCAGACGUAAAUGGAUGUGUUUCCCGCGGCACUGGGAACCUGGUAGUCUGGUUUUGGGAAGAACUGGAGCGGCCGCUCGGGUUUCAGCGACCGCCUGAU